AUGGCUGAUUAUUUCAUGGCUAUGGGAGGUGUUAUGACAAUAACCUACACCGGGCUUAUGAUAUCGCUUUCUCGCUACAACCGUCAUCAGAGGGACAGUCCGGCUUGCUGGAUGGAUGGUCACUAUCUAAGAGUAAAGCCUCAUCCUCCACAAGAGAACAUCUAUCUUCUUCAUGUACCGCAAAAUCUUUCCCAAGACGUCAAUGAAAAUAGAUCAAAACUCAUGCGCAGUUCGGACAGAAAUGAGAGUUAUGAGAUGACUCCAAAUGCUCCAGGGGGUUCAGAUAAUCAAGACCCGCGUAAACCGCACACUUGGAAAUAUCCACAAGCGGAUGAAUACUAUGAGCUUACGGAUAGUAACUUUAUGCAGACGCAAGUAACGACUGUGGAUCAGGAAGAUCCUUCGGUUCAAAAUUUCGGAGUUGAGGGUGCGAGUAGAAAUGGGAUGAAUAUAGUGCGAACUGUGAACAUUACCCAGCAAGCAAAAUCUGGGAAUCAGGCACACUCGCCAGAGCAGCUUUUUUAA